UACCACGCCGGAGCAUGAGGUGGGCCACGAUCAGCAGCGGCCUUCGCCAGCGGGUAGCUCGGGCAUGGCGACGAGCAGCUCGCGCCUUGACGCCGGCCGGCGAGUGCGAGCCCGCUCCCAUCCAUGGCAGGAGCCCGAGAGUGAAAGGGGAUGCAAUGCUGACAUCUAUAAUUGUGCUUCACCUUCAUUGGCAGUCAAGUUGAAUGCCUGAGCAAUUCAACUGUAAGCAUCGCUGCCAAAACACGGAUGAGGAAGGUGCGUUUUUUGGGGAAUACAUGAAUGUGCGUUUUAAUACUCCUUAGUCUCUGAAUCACUCAAUGGUGGUGUCUCCGUUCUACUUGCCUCCAUGGUUAGGAAUCUUCGAACUAUGCGCAUUUGUAGUAGUUCAACUGCAUCAUAGAUAUGAUUUUCGUGAGGAAAUUAAGCUUGUUUACUACGGGCUUGUUCACUUUGCUACCAUUUUCAACCUUACCAAGUUUUCGCAUUGCUAAAUUUUGGCAAGAUUUUUUGCCGGGCCGGCGAAUAGCCGCCCGAUAUAUAUUAAGAGUAAGAAAGGGAAUGUACAAGGUAGCGCGGUGCGUUAAUGCACCACCAUUACAAACAAAAAAAUUUUUUGGCAAGAUUUCAUAUGUACUUACUAAAAUUUGGCAACAAACUAAAAGUAGCCACUUUUUUUUGGUAACUUUGCUAAAAAAAAAGGUAAGGUUGAAAAUGGUAGCAAAGUGAACAAGUCCUACAAGUAUUAGUACAACCUACAUAUGACAUCCAUUUUCUUAAAAAAAAAAAACCCUACAUAUGACAUACAUAAAUAGUCAGUUGACACUGCUGAUGCUAGUACCAUUCAUGGCUCAUCAGCUAUUUUGCUCUAGCCACGAGAGUGGAAAGUAGUGCGCUGUGCUCCAUGAGUCCUGUGUCACCUGAGAAGCUGAGAACAACAUUUAGUUUUCAGUCCUUGAGGAUGGGUUUUCUACCAUUGAUAGCUUUCCAUCAUCCAGCAUUUGUGAAAAAUCGCUUGCAUGGGCAACAUGGAAAGAAUUGAACUCCAUCAAGUAUAUAGAAUGCUGAACAAUCACCCUUCUGAUGCUGGGACUGUGAACACUGGGAUUCAUAUGUGCAUUAAGUGCAUUGACAAGCCUUUUUACAAAUCAUUCCUUAAUCUGACCAUGCUCUAGUACUCAGGCAAAGUCUUUUGGAAUGACUUUACAAUUUCCUAAACCAAGCCCGACAAUUUCCUAAACCAAGGCCAAUAAAGGAUUCUAGUAGUUGCCACCAUUGUGCCAGUUAUGAUUGUUCCAGACAAGAAUUCCACCUGUUUUUAGGCUGUUUCUACUCAUGAACUCACUCUUGUGGUAUAGCACUAGUCUCUGGAUUCUGCUACAAGUCUCUGUGCAUAUGAGCCUAUGCAUGACUAUGUAAUAUUGUACAAUUUAGUAACCCAUUACAAUUAUAAAUGCAAAAUCAUCUCCUACAUUUUUUUCAGUUGGCACUACUGACUCCUUGCAAACACUGUUGACCCAUCAGUUCUUUUGCUCUGUCCACAAGAGCAAUGAGAGGUAUACUAUAUUCCAUGAAACCCACGUCACCCAAGAAAAUCGUAUAGUUCUCAGCCCUUGAGGGCAUCUCUUCUACCAUCGAUAGUGCUUCCAUCAUCCGUAAUUCAUUGAAGCAAUUGGCAUAGUGAGAAUUGCACUCCAUCAUGUAUAUGGAUAACUCAAUUAUCACCCUCCUGAUUCCAGAACAAUGACCACCUGGGUUCAUAUUUGCAUUCAGUGCGUCAACUAGUCUCUUCAUAAAUCUUUUCUUAAUCUGUCCACCCUCCAGUUCUUGGACAAAUUCUUCAGGAAUGACUUUGCAUAUCUGUGCACAUAGGCCAAUGAGGAUCUCUAGUUCUGCCCCCUCUACAUUCAUUAUUCUUUCCAACACCUGUAAUGGAAACAACACAAUGUAGCAUGAGUUGCAACAACAUAAUUCAGCCAAAAAAAAAAACUCUAGUUCACUAGUAAAUAAAUGCUCCCAUUUAAUAAAGUGUAAGUGGAAUUUCAUCAGCUGGCAUUGGCAUAAAAGAACAUAUGCAAACAAGAAAGCACAUUAUACACAACAAAUAUUGAUUGCAUCUGUAGCAUGAAGGAGCAGGGCUUACCUCUCGUAAGGUGUGGCAUAGUUCCUUCAAGUCUGAUUCUGUGAGCUUGGCUUGGGCGUGUUGGCACAUGCUACACAGCAGGCUAGCCGCCGCAUAUGUGUACUUCCCAUUUUAGUUAGUCCCAUGACGGGAUAUGGACCUACGUUUGGCCCAUGUUAGUUGGGCCUGAACGGGCUCCUAGAUUUCUUGGGCAUUCGUAUAUGGGCCGAAUGCACCAGCCUCCCUUCCCUUUAGGUCGAUCUCCUCAAGAGGCCUUCCGCGAGCAUAUUCUGAUAGGCCGCGCUCGCCGGCGACGAGCGUCGAGCGUCUCGCCGCCGGCCGGCUCGCCCAGAUGCGAAUCCUCCGCUCUAUUCCGCGCUCUCUUGCCCCAAUGCACCGCCUCUCUUCUCCCUCGCGAUCUCCUUUCACUUCCAUGUCAAGUGCAGCGCCUCACUGGUUAUUGCCACCACCAGUGCCUACACGACGAGUUUCUCCACCUAUGGUGUCUCCCAAUCCACCUGUUUUCCGAUUUCCUUGGGAACCUCAGUUCAUGACCACCAUCAGUCGAGUGAAAGGCAAUGAAUUUGGUAAACCAUACAGACGGCCACACAUCUCCUCUGCCAACGUUAUUAUUCCAUCCCAGGACAAGAAGUAUUCUGUGAUCACCCAAGGCAUGAAAAACAUUGACACCAAGGGCACAAUCUCAGAUGUUAUAGCUGGAGAUGAGAAAAUUGAUAAAGAGGUUCGGAGGAGCGAUGGGGCGUGAGGCUCUCACCUACCACCCGGCGGACCACCAUUCCGGUGCCCGCCGGCCACCAUCCAAGCCGCAGUUCGGCUCGUGGCGCGACGUCGUGAAGAAAGGUAGGGGCCCUGCCGCCGCUGAGGAGGCAGCUUGGACGGAGGUCCGGCGGAAGGGGAGCACGGAGCAUUCACUGCGGGCAGGUGACCCAACCUCCAACAAACAUGACAGAGCAUUCAAGCCGAGGAAGGAGUUCAGCAACCAUGACAGGGCAUUCAAUUCGGAGAAGGAGAUCCCUCGCUGGCUUCUGGGGCGCUGCUUCAAGUGCCUAGGAUUGGGUCAUCGCAAGCUUGACUGCAAGGGAGAGACAAGGUGUUUCCAUUGCUGGUACCCGGGUCACCUAGCGUGGGCGUGUCCGGAGAGGAAGGAGGUCUCUGGGGGCAAUCCGGGGCGGCAGAGCCAGGGGAGAGCAGUGCGUCUGGGCGCAGAGAGGUGGCCGUCUGGGAGAAGAGAACAACAGGCCUAGGGGAAGGUGAAGCAGGUGGUGGUAAGGGAGGUGCCGCUGGCGAAGUCGAAGAUCGUCAAGCCGGCCCCACAGGCGACAGAAAAGGGCGCGGUGAUAGCCAUGGCGGGUGCUAACCUGGGCGGCUACCAGAUCUGUGCGGCCACGCCGCCGCAGUUCGUGGAAAAGUACCGCAUCGGCGAGCCCGACUCGCGGCCAGAAAGGGGGCGGGUGGUGCUGUCCUGGACCUCCGGGAUGGAGCGCCAUGAGAGGUACCUCCAGGAACUCUCCCUGAUGGCGUCGGUGCUCAAGGGACGGCCGCCCGUCUCGCCGGCAGAGCUUGCGGAGGCAAUCGAGCUGCACACAGGCGUGCAGCAGCGUUACUUCAGGGUGGAGGUCACGCGCCCGGAGGAUUUCCUGAUCUCGUUUCGGAACCAGAGGGAGAAGGAGGCGGUCCUGCGGUGUUCAAAGGCGCUGUUCUGUAAUGAGGUGCCUGUUUCGUUCAAGCCGUGGAACAUAUGCUGCUGGGCGGAGGCCUCGGCUUUCCAGUUCUUCACCAAGAUCUCCCUCGACGGCCUUCCCCCGCACGCCUGGGAGGAGGAAGCCAUGCACAAGCUGGUCAACAGCUUGGACGGUCAGCUUGCCGAGCUGAUCCCGGCGGCGGACGCGCGCUGCCUCGGUCUCUUCGCUUGGUUCAAGAAUCCGUCCGACCUUUCCCACCAUCUGGACGUGGAAAUCCCGGAACGCCCGGCCGCAGGGCGAUGGCGGGAGGGGACGAGCGCGACACCACCUUCCCCGCCGCGGGAGAAGCCGGCCCUCACCUAUCCGGUCAUCAUCCACGUAGAAGAAGUCAUUGACCCUACGCCGUUGCAUACUCCGCCGACCUCCUUCGACGACAACUCCGAUGAUGAAGACGUCACCCGGCGGAACACUUUCUCCUGCUGGGCAGGUCGCUACGAUGGCGCUGGUCCCUGGCCGACGGAGGUGGGAGGCGGUCAUGUCUACGCCGGUGCGACCGGUUCGGCGGGAGGUCUAGGCGCGCGCUCCUUUGCCCCCAUCCCAGGGGAGGUCUCGGCCCCGCCAAGGCGGUUGCUUCAACGCCUGGCGACCAUGCCGGCGGCGGGGCAGUCGGGGACAGAGGAGAGCUAGGAUGAUGCUGUCUUGACAGCUGCGGUGGUGGGGGUCGUUGACAUGGCAGCGGCGGACCGGGUUCUAGACCGGGCUGACAUUGUUGUUCAAGACAUGGAGGCGGGGGAGGUGUUGGCGUCACAGCCGCAUUCGCCGACGUUGGUUUUGCAAGCGCCGGGUGUGUGGUUCUCUCCGCAAGCGGUGCAAGCAGUGGAGCAACCAGGGGCCGACGUGGGAAUCGCUACCCCGCUGGCGGCGCCUGUGGUUGCAACGGCAAAGGCGCUUAUCGUUCUGGACGACGACUGCAGCUGGGCGCUCGUGGCCGGUGGUGUGUCGCCUCUUUCACCGCCGCUCCAACUCUCCCUGGACGAGUUAACCGGCGGUGAACUGUCGGCGCUCGGCACGGAGAAGGAUGGCGACCGUGCUGAGCUCAGUGAUGAGGUCCGGGAGGCCACUGUGGACCACGUUCACGUUCACGGGGACGACCUGGCUUCAGGGCAGGAAGUCGCAUUAACUCCGGAUGGGGGAUAUGCAUUAACGCGUGCUGCGUCGGCCCCGCCGAGCGAGCCAGUCAUCUUUUGGCGCGUUGGCCAAGAAGCUCUCUUUUGAGGAUACGAUGGCUGAGGUGUCGCUCGUGGAGCAUGGGUGCGAGCGGCCAGCAUUGAAGGCGACUGGCGACGCGCUGAGCUCAGCGCAGGAGAGCAGGAGUGAUCGUGGGUUUGAAUCGGCGGCAAAGGCGGGAGAGUUCCGUGUCUAUGUGCGGAAGCAGGCCCAGAAGAAACCGAGCCAUGAGCAACCUGGGACGGAGGGGAUCGGCCUCAUGGGCUUGGCAGGCCAGGAUCUGGGGCAGGCUGACCUGAGACGGGCUGUGGCUGGCCUGGGACAGGAAAUGUCGGUGGGCCAAGUUGUAUGUGGCGAGGACGAGCCACCUCAGGCCCACCAAGAAGAAGUGGCCCACAGCGAUGACGAGCGGCCGGUCCAGGAAACUGAGAUCGAGAGCAGCAGGGAGGCGCUCAGCGGAGAGAUGAUGCUCCCACCUCCCGCCUCGCCGUCGACGGCACUCGCCCGCGCGCGGCCAACCUCGGAGGGGUCGCCGGCGAACACGCCGCUACCCCCCGAGGCGGACCAGAUUCUUCAGGGAUUCCUCGCGUCGGUCGCUACUGAGCCUCCCCCCUCCCUGCUCGGGAGGAGGCCGCCGGAGUCAGUCCCCAAAUCCAAGCCUUGUUGGCGCAAUGUGAUCCCUGAGUGGUUCACGCCGUGGCGCAGCCCACGUCUGCAACAACAAGGGAACGGAGCUCGUCGCCAUUCAACUUCAAAAGCGCAGAAGGUAACGAUGAAGAAGAUGGGCAUCAUUGAAGAGGAAGAAGAAGCGGAUCAAGACACCUUCCAGCAGAACACUACCGUGAUUGAUCAGCCGUUAUCGACCCAGCACAUGAAGGUGCUAGCGGAGCUGCUGGAUGUGGAUGUUGCGCUGGAGGAAGCAGAUGUUCCACCGCCGGACCUGGCUUCGCUGGUGGCGGCGGGGGUGGAAUCCCCUGCUUGAGCGGCGUUCCAGCGGCGUGCGGCGGUGGUGGAGAGUUUUCCCUGUUUUUAGUUUCCAUGUCUCGUCUUAGUGUGCUAGUGUGGAAUGUGAGGGGGUUGAAUAAUCCUGCAAAAAGAAGAGUGGUGAAGGAGUCUGUUGUUAAUUCGCAUGCGUCUGUUGUUUGCUUGCAAGAGUCUAAAUUAGAGGUAGUUGAUUUGCUUGUAAUCCAUGAACUGUGUGGGCCGGAUUUCGAUGAUUUCGUUGCCCUUCCCGCGUCACAUACCAGGGGCGGGGUUAUUGUGGCCUGGAAGGGGUCCGUAUUCCGUGGAUCACAAGUGCAUUUGGGACAAUGGUCGGUGACGGCGAAGUUGGAGUGGAUUGCAGGCAACCAUUCAUGUUUCCUCACUUCGGUCUACGGGCCACAAGAUGAUAACGAGAAGAUUCUGUUCUUGGAGGAACUCGCCGAAAUCAGAGGAAUCUGUGGGGAGGUUUGGCUUGUGGCAGGUGAUUUCAACUUAAUAGCGGCAGCGGCGGACAAGAACAACUCGCGGGUGAACAGGCGGCUCAUGAAUGCUUUCCGCAACAAGAUUAAUGAACUUGAGCUCAAAGAACUGUAUCUGUUCGGGAGGAGGUAUACCUGGAGUAGCGAGCAACAAAUUCCCACCCUGGUCAAAUUGGACAGGGUGCUUGUCUCAACGGAAUGGGAGGAUGCGUUUCCGGACGCGCACUUGCAAGCGCUGAGUUCGUCCAGUUCAGAUCAUUGUGCGCUAUUGCUUUCUUGCGGGGAAACCCCGCAGGGUAGAAGAAGGUUUCGUUUUGAAACUUUUUGGACGAAGCUUGAGGACUUCGAUCAGGUGGUGGCGGAUUCCUGGCAGCAGGCGGUUGAGAGCACAGAUCCCUACGUCAUCCUGUACGUCAAGAUGGCGCGUCUUGCUAUGUCUCUCUGUUCCUGGGGACAAAAGAGGAUCAGUCGCUUUCGCCUCCAGCUCCAGAUUGCGAAUGAAUUGAUCUUCCGUUUUGAUGUUGCGCAAGAGAACAGACUCCUUUCCCCUCUUGAACGCCGUUUCAGGGCAAUCCUGAAGGGCCGCUGCCUGGCAUUGGCGUCGCUCGAACGAAUCAGAGUGCGCCAGCGGGCUCGGAUCUCCCAGCUCCGGGAGGGAGACGCCAACUCCAAAUACUUCCAUAUGAAAGUGAAUGCGAGGCGCCGUAAGCUAUUCAUCCCAGUCCUUGAGUAUGAAGGGCAGACAACAACCUCGCAGGAAGAUAAAAUUGCUCUGGCCAAGGACUAUUUUCAGGGAAUUUUGGGUGUGUCGGAGCCCAACUCGGCUGAGCUCCAAUUCAAUCAAAUCUUCCCUCUGGCGCCGAACCUACAAGAGCUGGAAGUGCCUUUCUCUGAAGAGGAAGUUUGGAAGGUGAUAAAAGAGAUGCCAAACGAGAAGGCGCCGGGACCGGAUGGAUUCACCGGGCUUUUCUACCAACGGUGUUGGCAAGUCAUCAAAGGGGAAGUGCUGGCGGCACUGACGAAAUUUCACUCUGGGAAUCAUCAGAAUCUCGACAAUCUCAACACAGCGGUGAUUACUCUGCUCCCAAAGAAGGAUGCGCCCACGUUGAUCAAGGAUUACAGGCCCAUAAGCCUGAUACACAGCUUUUCCAAGCUUGCAACGAAGAUUUUGGCGUCCCGGUUGGCGCCGAGAAUGGGCGAUCUAGUUGCUGAAAACCAGACUGCCUUCAUCCGUGGCCGAUCGAUACACGAAAACUUCAUUUUUGUCAGAGGUUUAGCGCUGCAAUUCCACCGAAGAAAGAAGCCUAUGAUCCUCCUGAAACUUGACAUCACUAAAGCGUUCGACACAAUCUCUUGGUGUUUCUUGCUGAACUUGCUCCGAAACAGAGGCUUUGGGUCCAGGUGGCGAUCGUGGAUAGCUGCCCUGCUCCUAACUUCUGAAACCAGAAUCUUGCUCAAUGGCCAUGAAAGUGACAGCUUCAAGCCGGCACGAGGACUGCGGCAGGGUGACCCGUUGUCGCCGCUACUCUUUGUCCUUGUCAUGGAUGCUCUGCAAGGCUUGCUCGCCAAAGCUACUUCCUGGGGGCUUCUUGCCAAGCUGGACACUCGACGUUCCAUCCCAAACACAUCCAUUUAUGCCGAUGACACCAUUGUGUUCCUGCAACCAAUCGAGAGGGAGGCAACAGUGGUAAACGCCAUUCUUCAGCUUUUCGGAAAAGCUACAGGGCUCAAGACCAACCUCAGCAAGAGUGCUUUGACGCCGAUUAGGUGCGAUGAUGAUGUGUUGGUCGGAGUUCAACAGCUGCUUGGGUGUAGGGUUGAGAAUUUCCCGAUCACUUACCUCGGUCUUCCACUCUCCCUGAGAAGACCGACGAAGGCGGAAGUGCAACCGAUUUUGGAUCGGCUGUCCAAAAAAGUGGCCGGCUGGAAGCCCAAACUGCUCUCUCCCGACGGCCGACUGCGCCUGAUCAAAUCGGUGCUGACCGCGCUGCCAGUUCAUUUCAUGUCUGUGCUUGUGCUGCCAAAAUGGGCAAUCAAAGAGUUUAACAAGAAAUGCCGAGCGUUCCUGUGGAAAGGGCAAGAGGAGGUUAAUGGCGGCCACUGCCUAGUGGCUUGGGAUAUCGUCUGCAGCCCGAAGGAGUGCGGGGGAUUGGGAGUUAAAAAUCUGGAAUUAUUUGGCCAAGCGAUGCGAAUGAAAUGGCUCGCUAGACGAUUGGAGCAAAGAGGAAGGCCGUGGACUCUGAUAAACUCAGUACCGACAAACGACAUCACCGGUCUGUUCCAAUCAGUGGCGUCGUUUCAGGUAGGGGACGGUAAAGAUACGGACUUUUGGAGGGCGAACUGGUUGCCGAGGGGCUGCAUCUCUGUCUCCUCACCUUUGCUCUUCACACACCUGGGCAGAACGAAGCUGACUGUGGCGGAGGCGCUCUCGCAGAAUCGCUGGGUGCGCGACAUUCGAGGGAGUUUCUCUGCGCUGGCCUUAUCGGAAUAUUUUCGUUUGUGGGAUGAGAUUCAGGAGGUACAGCUGCAAGAGGAUGCCCAAGACUCUACCAGUUGGAAGCUCACUCCUAACAGAGUUUUCUGCACAGCCUCUGUGUAUGAGAUGUUCUUCGCGGCACGGGUGCGAUCUCAAUGUGCGGAAUUGAUCUGGCAAGCUAGGGGCCCGUCUAGACUUAAGUUCUUCAUGUGGCUAAUCACCAAGGGCAGGUGCUUGACGGCAGACAAUUUGCAAAAAAGAGGAUGGCCGCAUGAAGAUGGUUGUGUCCUUUGCAAUGGCGAUCAGGAGAGCUGCGAUCAUUUGUUGCUGGGUUGCCCUUUCACUAAUAGGAUCUGGGGUCUGCUGAGAACGUGGCUAGGAACUCCUUUCCCCCUGCCUGGCGAUGACGACUAGGAGUUCGCGGACUGGUGGAUUAAAGUCAGACUCUGUUUUCAGACGGGCUACAGGGGCGCUUUUGACUCCCUUUGUAUCCUCAUCUGCUGGUUCGUGUGGCGAGAACGAAACCUCAGGAUCUUUGAACAAAAGGCGAGAACGGCAGCGGAGCUCUUCAGUGAUAUUAAGGAUGAAGUUGCAGUGUGGAGGGAGACCAACAUUUUGAGAGAAGUCGGCUAAAGAGCCCGUCGGUGGCGGAUUGUUUUGUUUUCCUUUCUUUUCGGUUUCUCUCGACUGUUUAAUGUCGAUUUGUAAAUGUUUUCAAACCCUUCCUUCAAAUCUUAAUACAAUUUGGGCGGCCUGCCUUGGGCCGUCCCGGCUAAAAAAAAAAUUGAUAAAGAUGUGACUGCCUCAGAGGUUAUAUGUGUCAAUUAUGAUAUAUUGGGGCAAAUUAUGAAGAACGAUCGAUGUGGUGAUGAAGGUCGAAGGAGCAAAAUGGAGGAGCACAUGGGGGGAAUUGUUGUCAGUGAUGACAAAGAAGCCAUUGAUGAUGAAGAAUUUGUUGUGGACAAUACACUUCCAUAAAGUAGACACCGUGAUGGUUCUAUAUACAGGGACAUGGACUGGUGGAAAAGGGAUUAUCAUAUUGCGGACUGU